GGACCAGUGCAGCGACACCGAAACUUGGAGUGUACCCAAAGUGCUCGCGUUGGCACGGCAGAUCAAGCGUGGCCUCCGUACACUGUAGACCUGCACGCAACCGCUCCGCAGAGAAAGGACCAACGGCAGUGCCUCUUGCGACACGCGCGGCCCCAACACCAACAUGAGGAUACUCCCCUUCAUCGUUCUUUUGAUGUGUUUGGCGUGGCAGGCAUCUGCACGGGCCCAGGACGAGAGUGAAGCGCGGGCGGCGCCCUCUCGCGGCCUGCUCAAGCGAGGCUUGCUCACCAAGGGCAAAGCUACCACAACCACCACUACACCUGCGCCACAGGAUGAUGUUGAAUACGAGGACGAUGCUGAAUACGCAGAAGAAGAUGCACAGGAGCCCUCAACGGAAGCUCCGCCUUCGUCCACUGAAGGCAAGAAGCUUGUCACAGGCGGAGUCCGACCAUUCCGCAGCAAUACAGACCUGCUCGAAGCGUUGAAGAGACGACGAGCGCAAGUCGCUGAAGCUAAAAUCAAUGGGCAAUCUUCGUCCAGUGUAGAUGGUGUAGAUGCUGCAUCCAAAUCUAGUUACAAUAAGAAACGCUUCAACACAGCUACACGGGAAACAAAUGUUGAAGACGCACCUCCCGCGCCGCCCGCGCCAUCUAAGCCUAGCAGAGGUCGUUUUGGACGACCGUCAUCGAGAUCAUUCCAAGAUGCCGAACCGGAGGAACAGAAUGACGCCGCCCCUCCCGCGAGAACUGGCAGGACGUUCUCUAGGGGAAGGGGGAAUUAACUAAACAUUUAAUAUAAGCAG